CAACAGAGUAAGGAGAAAUAUACAGAAAAGCAGAGCGAUCCACACACAUCAGUUAGUAGCUUUAAGCUAAAACAGAACAACAGAGGCCAGAAGCAGAAGAAAACAGAAAAGAAAUAGGAAGAAAAAAGUGAAAGUUGUUUCUUAGCUGGGAAUCCACUCAGUAGACUGCAUAAGCUUCAGUUUGUGUCCAAACUAAACCAGUGCAACUGGGAGUCUACUUUCAGAACAGGCUAGUUGUCUACCCACAGUGAACAACUGCACCAUGGCUGACAACUUGAAUGCGGAGUCUAAUUAUAUCCCGGACAAACAUGACCUGCACUGGGGCUACGAGGAAGGUGUAGAGUGGGGACUCCAUUUUCCAGCAGCCAAUGGUGAGUACCAGUCCCCAAUUAACUUAAACUCCAGGGAGGCCCAGUACGACCCAUCCCUCCUGGAUGUCGGCUUAUCACCAAACUAUGUGGUGUGUCGAGACUGUGAGGUCAUCAAUGAUGGACACACUGUCCGCAUCAUUCUCAAGUCCAAGUCAGCCCACAAUGACCUGUUUCCUGUGCUGUUGCCAGUGGUUACUGGGGGUCCAUUACCUAGUGAUCAUGAGUAUGAGCUUCAUGAGGUUCGAUUCCACUGGGGCAAGGAGAACCAGAGAGGAUCAGAGCACACUGUCAACUUCAAGGCUUUCCCCAUGGAGCUCCAUCUGAUUCACUGGAACAGCACUCUAUUUAACACUUUAGAAGAUGCUCUGGGAAAGAAGAAUGGAGUCCUCAUUAUUGCUCUUUUUGUUCAGAUUGGUAAGGAGCAUCUGGGUCUGAAGGCCAUCACUGAGGUUCUACAGGACCUGCAGUACAAGGGGAAGAGCAAGAUAAUCCCGUGCUUCAACCCCAACACUUUGUUACCUGACCCAUUAUUAAGAGACUACUGGGUGUACGAAGGAUCUCUGACCACUCCACCUUGUAGUGAAAAUGUGACCUGGAUCCUCUACCGCUACCCUCUUACCAUCUCACAACUACAGAUUGAGGAGUUUCGCAGGCUGCGGUCCCAUGUUAAAGGGGCGGAGCUGCUGGAAGGGAAUGAUGGGAUGUUGGGGGACAACUUCCGCCCCACACAACCACUCAGUGACCGGACGGUUCAUGCUGCCUUCCAAUGACUCUCACUUUUCACUGCCAACUCAAAGAAACUAUGGGACCUACAGAUACAAAAACAGGAGGAAAGAAGGAUGAGGUGCGUGGAGAGGAACAAACAGAAGUGGAGAGGAAGAGAUGAUGUGGUUGUAGAUCAGCUCCAGACUAAAGCAGGAAAAAUAAACUAUUGACACAUGCA